AUCUGAAUGCCAUUAAGAAAAAGUUGAAAAUUGUCAACACACUCGCCAUCUCCUUGUUAAACUUCCGAUUGGAUUCCGAUUCCCUUCGGAUUAUUCCUAUUCCUACCCUACUUUGCCUUAAUUCACCCAUCGCCGAUGAAUUGUGAAUCCAUCGCCCUCAAUUUGUCGACGUGAUUUUGCUCUCUAUCGUUUUACUGUUGGUUGUGCGUGACAAGAGAAGAGGAAUGCAGAGCCAGGUAGUUUGCAGCGGGUGCAGGAGUCUUCUCAUGUACCCGAGUGGUGCCACCAAUGUGUGUUGCGCCUUAUGCAAUUCCGUCACCACCAUCCCUCCUCAAGGAAUUGAAAUGGCCCAACUGAUAUGUGGAGGCUGCCGUACGUUAUUGAUGUAUACUCGGGGUGCUACCAGUGUGAGAUGUUCUUGCUGCCACACAGUAAACCUAGCACCAGUUACCCAUUAUCAGGAAACCACAAACACCCCCAACAACAAAAAAAAGCGUAUGAUGUAUCUCGCACCUAAUAUGGCUCACAUCAACUGUGGAAACUGUCAUACAACACUCAUGUAUCCUUAUGGUGCUCCAUCUAUCAAAUGUGCUGUUUGUCAAUAUAUCACGAAUGUCAAUAUGGGAAAUGCUAGGGUCCCACUUCCCAUGCAUAGGCCAGUUGGACCUGCCUCUCCAGCACCGAUGCCUUCUGGUUCAGCGCCAUUACCCAAUCCCCAGAGCCAAACUGUUGUUGUGGAAAAUCCUAUGUCCGUUGACAAGAGCGGGAAACUGGUAAGCAAUGUUGUUGUUGGCGUAACAACGGACAAAAAGUGAGGCUGCAAUAAACCUUGGCUGGACCACAGAACUGUCUCACUAACCAGAGAGUGCUUUCACAUUGUUGGCAUUUUGGGUAAUGUUGAGGAGUGUGCAUAUUUGGCGGGAUUGUAUGUUAAUGGCGUUGCUGCUUCGCUGUUGGGCGCCUCUGUACUAUUAAUAUAACAUAUGUGCAGAUAUAGUGUGUAUGUAGACAGCAAUCUGUUUCAUCUUUUGUGUGGAUAUACCGUGGAAGUCCAUGGGGGAGAUCAAAAGGAUUAAUUUUUCAUUAUCA